GCCAGAGGGCAGACAGCUGGCACAGAGUCGACCCCCGGCACAAAGGUAGGCAUUGCAACUUAUUACCAGAGUGUCGUCCGUCUGUCGCAGGUGCUGCCGAAGGGCUGGCGCCAAACUUUGCCGGAGACCGAGCACGAAUGGCUGGCCAAAGCGCUCUACGUCAAAGGUUCCCGUGGGAAAAUGGUCCUGACGUCGGAGCUGCAGCUAUGGUGGGACCCCCCCAAAACGCCACUUUAUUACACCCAGCCCCCCACCUCCUCCAAGGCCUUCUUCCACCACCGCUUCUUCCUCUGGGCGCCGUACAAGAUGUGGGGGUUGAAGCUGGCCUCCCCCCACUGCCGGCACCGGCUGUACCGGACCGUGCGGCGGGUGCUGGACCUCCAAGAUUGGUACUCCAUGGGCACCGAGUACCUGGAGUGCAUCGGCUGCCGCCGGAAGUACUCGGCCUGGGAAGAAGCCAUCAUCCAGCAGAUGAGCAUGUACCAGCAGCUGAAGUUCCCGGCCGUCCUCACGUACAAGUUGGCCUGCGACUUGAAGGUGGUGCACAUGCUGAAGGACCGCUCGUUGGGCAACUCCGUCACCAGCCUGCGACGGAAAAUCCAGGAGGGGCACACCUUGGAGUGGCUGAGGCACAGUUUGGAUUACCUCUCCGUGCUGGAGCAGCUGGGUGUUCCCACCGGCGUUCUAGGGUGCAUGCGCCCUGUGCCCCGCACAGUCUGGUUUCUGGCCGCCUUCGUGAGAGCGGUGAUUCCACACCUUCCCGAGAACAAGGCCCGCAUUACGUCGGUCUUCGGGAGCGUGCUGAAGAUGGACUCCACCAAGAAGAUGGCCAAGAAGCUUGCGGGGGCGGCCGCCGGAACCGCCGCCUGGGUCACCAACGUGGGCAACGAGCACGGGCAGGUGCUCAUGUCCGUGCUCACUGUCGCCGAGGGCGAAGGGCUGUCGUGCAUGGCGAGCGGACUGAUGCGGCGGUACAGGGAGGCGGGACAGGCCCCGCCUCAGCUUCUGUACGUGGACCGCGACUGCUGCUGCGCCACCGGGAAGGGCAAGGUCGCGGCCAUGUUCGGCGAUUGGAAGGAUCUGAUGGUGCGGCUGGACGUGUGGCACCUCAUGCGGCGCUUCGCCAGGGGGGUGACCACAGACGCCCACAUCCUCUACGGUCCCUUCAUGGCCAGGCUGUCCCUGGCCAUCUUCGAGUGGGACGCCGAGGACAGGAACGUGCUGAGACGGGCCAAGCAGGCCGAGCAGGGCGCGGACGGCGGCCGACCGGUCACUCUUUCGGUCAGGGAGCUGGCCCGACACUGCCGUCGCCGCACCAGAGGGGCCGAGGAGACGGCGCGGCUCAUCCAGGAGGUGCUGGACCACUUCUGGGAGGCCAAGGAUACCAUGGGCAUGGCUCUCCUUGACCAGGCCAGGACUCGGCACAUCUGGGAAACGCAGCGCCAGCACAUGGCCUGCAUCCAGGACCCGCCCGGCAUCCCCAUAUACACCAAGGUGGGGGAGGUGACGAGAGGUGGCAUCAAGCUUCCCAUAUUUAAGUGCGCGCGAGGCUCCACUUCCCUGGAGUGCUUCCACCUCCACCAGUGCCGCUUCAUUCCAGGCACCGUGGCCAACGCCCUCCACUUCCAGGUCUACCUGCUGGAGGGCUUGACCCGGUGGAACGAGGACCGAGCCAGGGCAGCCGUGGUGGGGGGCCAGUCGACGACCUUGACACGCUGCUACAACUCCCGCCUGCUCAGCGCUUUCCAAAAGCUGACGCAGAAGCUGCUGAAACGCACGGUGGUGGAAAACUACACCCCGCCGGGGGAGUACACCGGGGAGCUCAUCGGCUUGGACUACCUGUACGCCCAGACGGGCGCCGCGCUCCAUCCGGACCCCGGUCGUGACAAGAAGGGAGAGGAUGACGACCCGACUGCUUGGAUGGACAAGGUGGCGGAGGAAGAGGAGGAGGAGGAGCAGGAGGAGGACGACGGGGCGGUCGACGUGGAAGAUCCGGACGAAGGAGACCCGGAGUUCAUGGCCUUGUCUGAGUCCAUGAUGGAGUGCCAGGACAGGGACAGGGACAGGGACAGGGACAGGGACAGGGACAGGGACAGGGACAGGACGCCUGCGCCCCCACCACCUCCAGACGCCCACGUAGAGGAUGACGUCCUCGGACCGGACGGACGCACAGGCUACCAGCACGUCUGCCGCCUGGCGUCGGCGCUGGUGGAGCUGCGUCUGAGUCCCUUUGUCACUCAGUCGCAGGUGGCCAACAUCAGGGAUCUGUGGCUGAAGCUGGACUCCAGGGACAAGGCCCCCCUUGCCCUUCCCACGCGGCACAAGGACAGGUUGUCCAAGGGCCGCUUCAAGACCUCGGCCAGAAAUCGCCACUCGACGGGCCUGGACAGUGCCAAACGUCUCGCCAUCGGAAAGGGCACGGAGGUGGCGCACUUCCCGAGUGUGAGCAGGUUGAUGGAGGCCAUUUUCAUCGAGCUGUGCCACAUCCACGCUCAGGGGCACAGCCUGGCCGGAAUCCGGAUGAGCCGAUGGGGGCUAGUGAUGCGUGACUUCGGGCGCAUCAAACAGAUCUGCAGGUCUGCGCAGCUGCUGGCCGCCGCUCCCAUCCAGCUGGUGGAGGUCAAUCACCGGACCCUUUCACAGUGGUACAACCGGAGAAGCAAGGAGGAACUGGCCAGGGGCCUGUGCGUAGUGCUUCCGGCGCCCACCGCAGACCAGGUCGCAGCAGAGGCACUCCCACCGUCCAAGCCUUUACUGGAGAAGGCGGUGCAGCCCAGUAAAGGCCUGGAAUACCACCACCCGAACAACACCUCUGGUCUGGCAGUCACUCACAGAGGGCCUGUCCUGCCAGAGCUUUUUGCAGCGCGUGUGUCCGCUUCAUCCUCCUCCUCCUCCGUCUCCGCCGCCGCUGCUGCUGCUGCAUCCGCUUCGCCCUACUCCGCCACUGUCUCCGCUUCGUCCUCCUCCGCUGCUGCCGUGUCCGCUUCGUCCUCCCCUGCUGCUCGCAUACGGGAGCAUCAGAUACGGCCGCAUAUGGGCUUCGCCACUCCAAGUGUCAGCACCCCCCCUGGCAGCAGUGGUGGUCCCAAAAGGAGAAAUGCGACUCAACAUAAAUGCAAGCUUUGUGGAAACCCCAAGUCAAAAGCAUUUGGCCACAGCCGUUACAGGAACGAGCACUUUUGCUCUCAGUCGGCAGGGCGUUCGGUGGAAGACUGGCUCGCUGAGAAGAGGAGGGACGAGGCACAAUCAAAGACCCAACAUCAGUCCUUACGCCAUCUGCUGCCUCAACCUCCCAACGAUCCCCCCCGCGCCCCCAACACCCAAUAGCAUCCGGCGUGGUGCGUGCUGUUGUCGUCGUCGCUUCUGACCACUUACGUGCCUCUUGUUUCCCGGGAUACAAUCAGGACUCUCUUGGGAUCCUAUCUGGUGUUGCCACCUCCUGAGGAGGAAGCCCCCAAACUUUUUACUUCCCUCCAAAUGUUCAGUGGCAUCUGACCUAUGCACAGAUAUAAAAAAGUGUUUUUAUCUAUUUAUCUAUUUGUUCUUUUUAAAAAGAUUGCCAAAGAUAUAUAGUGUUUCUUUAUUUUUACUUAUUUAUUUAUGUAUUUAUUUAUGUAUCUGUUAGACAUAUUGUGUUUCUUUAUUUUUAUUGAUUGAUUGACGACAACAAUGACGACAGUGUGUUUUUUGCUCU